AGACUUCGCUAUGUCCGGACGUGGCAAACAGGGAGGCAAAGCUCGCGCUAAGGCCAAGACCCGCUCUUCCCGAGCCGGUCUCCAGUUCCCCGUCGGCCGAGUUCACCGGCUGCUCCGCAAGGGCAACUAUGCCGAGCGCGUCGGCGCCGGCGCCCCGGUGUACCUGGCGGCCGUGCUGGAGUACCUGACGGCCGAGAUCCUCGAGCUGGCUGGCAACGCGGCCCGCGACAACAAGAAGACCCGCAUCAUCCCGCGACACCUGCAGCUGGCCAUCCGCAACGACGAGGAGCUCAACAAACUGCUGGGCAAAGUCACCAUUGCCCAGGGCGGCGUCCUGCCCAACAUCCAGGCCGUGCUGCUGCCCAAGAAGACCGAGAGCCACCACAAGGCUAAGGGCAAAUAAG